AGGUGGAAGAGGAAGACGAAAAAGUUAUUCGCAAUACUUGUUACAAUAAGACAAAGGCGCUUGCAAGACGCUGUCUCUUUAUUUAAGAAGCACGAGUUCGACGACUCCCAGCUUCCCAUUAGAGAAUGGAAAGCUGCAACGUUCUCAGAAAGUCAACACAGCAGCCCACAACAUCCUUUUUUCGAGAUGCAAGGGACAAAUACGAGGAGGCGAGACAGUAUCUGGGAUAAGAGCUUUAUAUACGACUUCCAAGAGAAGCAAUGGGAGUUCUUGGUUCCCACCAUUUCGACUGAAGAGAUGAAUAACUGCUACGGUAACAACGUUAUUAUGCCGUUCAUCGCCCAGCAUGCGAGUUUUGCGGAAGGCUCAUUCGGCGUGGUCUCGAAGUAUGAGAUUCACGAGGACCACAUCGUCGUAACUGAUGCAUCCCAUCAUAGAGUCAAGCUGGAUAAGCACUCCAACGUUGUCGCUGUGAAGGAAAUCAAGAUCGAUCUUGACAAGGACCGCCACAAAGUUGCGGAGCACUGGAACGACGAAGUCCGGGCUCUGUUGGAAAUGAAUCGAUUAGGACAAGAUCAUAUUGUUCGAUUCAUUACAGCGUUUCGUUAUGGGAAGCAAGAGGAUCCAGAGCACUUCCUUGUCUUCGAGUGGGCAAGUGGCGGCAACCUCCAAGAUCUAUGGAAAGAGCUUCCACAUCCCGUUCGAACUGCAGAGCUGACCAAAGCUGUGAUUGAGCAGCUUCUGGGGCUUGCUAAAGCGCUGAACGCUGCCCACAACCUGUCACCAACUACUUCGUACCGACACGGAGAUUUGAAACCUGCCAACAUUUUGUGGUUUCGCACUGACAAAGAAACCGGUAUCUGGAAAAUAGGGGACUGGGGCGAGGCGAAAGUCCAUUUUGUCAAUACUGAGGCGCGUCGUAGUAACACUGGAGCCAAAUUUGGAACGAGAAGAUACGAACCCCCAGAAGUUGAACUCGGUACAACGUUGGGAGACACUCUACAGCCGGAAAAAACAGGAGAUAAGCGUCGCUCUCGCCUCUAUGAUAUCUGGGCAAUGGGCUGCAUUGCUCUUGAGCUUAUGAUCUGGCUGUUGUACGGCCAAGACGAGCUCAAUCGCUUCAAUGACGAAGUGCGAGGAGAUUAUAGCAGCAACUCACCUUUCUAUCAGAUCAAGAAGAGUGGCAAUACAUACAUUGCUGAGGUGCAUAGAGUGGUUUUACAUUGGCUCCAACACAUGGUAUCGGACAGCGCGUGUCGACCUGGUACCACAGCUUUGGGCGAUGUCCUCGAGAUCAUCGAGCAGGGUCUACUAGUAAUUAACCUACCCCAGACUGGCGGAAGAUCUAUGAGUUUUGGUAAGAGUCCCGCAAAAUCAGGCCUGCAGCUUCGCGAGCAAGCAUUCAGCCUCGAUGCUGAUGAGAGCGCCCAAAUAUCCCUUUCACAGGAUCAAGCGGUUGUUGUAGAUGACCCAUCAACCGAUUUUCCGUCGAUCAAGUUCACACCUGCAGAGCCAACUACCGUUGUUGUGCAGCCUGAGCCAAGGCCUACUCAGACAUCUACCGGAAGAGUUAGAUUCCUGGCUGAAGAUUUCCAACUCAGAUUGGAACAAGUCUUCUUAACCUUUGAAGAAGAAUAUUGGUAUUCUAAGCAGCAGCAUAUUCGGGGGCCUCAGAAGCUUGGAGAACCAGCAGCUUUGUUGUCGAUACGCACCAUGCCCAGUGAGCGCCGAAAUGGAGGUCUUAUUCCCAAGGCCCCAGCACAGGUGGACUACGCUCAUCCACCGCUCAACCCUGCGGUCUGGACACAUGAGGUAGACAAUUUGUUUGCCUUGCCGCUUCUGAAACAUCUCAAUAGCCUGGAUUCGUCCUCCACGUUUGGCCCUCAGGAUACAUCUUUCCUCUGCGAAAGAUGUAUUGCGCUGCGCGAGUCUUUGUGGCACCCUACUUCCCCGCCUGCGUAUCCUGUAGGUGCUCUCCAAGCAAGUGCCAAUGCAAAACAAUGCAAAAUGUGCUGCUUACUCUGGAGUAACUUUGUGCAAGACACCAGUCAACUUCCACCAGAGCUACAUUUUCACUCAACCAAACCCGCUACUGAAAUUCAAGUCGGAUUACCGCAACUUCCCACUGCUGGCAGCUGGGCUCACUUGGAGAUCGUCAGGCAAUGGCUCGAAAACUGCGACACUCACCCAGAAUGCGCUCGCCGAUUGGCCAGUUCUCACCACUCUACUCCACAAAAGCCGACAGAUAUGCCCACCCGUCUGAUCGACGUCGGUCAAUUUGGUGAUGAGAAGGUCUACCUGCGCGAGAAAAGUUUCGAUAGCAACGCAGAAUGGAUCGCACUGUCUCACCAAUGGGGCGAACCUCCUCACUACUCUACUGAGCCACACAAUCUAGAAAAACGCAAAGGAGGGAUGGCACUUGCGGAACUCCCGGCCACCUUUCGCGAUGCUGUUAUCGUCACACGUGAACUUGGACAUCGCUACCUCUGGAUCGAUUCCAUCUGCAUCGUUCAAGGAGCGAGUGGAGACUUUCAUUCCGAGUCCAAACGUAUGGAGAACAUAUACAGUGGCGCAUAUUGUGUGCUUGCCGCUAGUUGCGCUAAAGACCAUGGUUCGGGAUUCUUGCAGCCUCGUAGGCAACGAGACUUCGUCACCUUGACUCCCACGAAAAGUGAUACAUCUGUGUACGUCUGCGAGCCAAUCGAUAACUUCAAAGAGCAUGUCUUGGACGGCGCUCUAAAUCGCCGUGGCUGGGUCUUGCAGGAACAUGCACUGGCACGUCGGACAGUCUUUUUUACCGAGCAUCAAACGUACUUUGAGUGUGGUCGCGGCGUCCGAUGUGAAACCAUGACAAAGAUGAGCAACAAAUCAGCCGAGCUUCUUGGAGAUCCCAGCUUUCCUCGGAUCCUCGCACAAGCCAAACAAGGCGAAAGGAUUCUCCGAUAUCAAAAGCUCUACCAACAGUACACUAGACUUGGCCUCACCAAGGACUUUGAUCGGCCUACCGCGAUCGAUGCUUUGCAGCAAAAGCUGCUUAGGACUAUGCUUGUGAAGGGCGGAUGGGGUGUACUCCAGGAUGACGAGAUACCUGGUACGCUACGCAGAAGCCUUUUGUGGCAUAGAGGCUUCGGUGUGGACAACUUGUUACGCAUCGCAUUCCCGCCAGAUCGCGCCACCCCGCCAUCGUGGUCAUGGAUGGCCUAUGCUGGCGGCAAGGAUAACUCGGGGGGUAUCGAUUAUUUCAAUCCUGAUUUCGGCAAAUUCGACUGGCAAGAUAUGGACUCGCCAUGGUCACAGCCAACGUCGGACCAAGAAACGACUAUGCUUAGUACUCUUAGUCAAGAGUACGAUGCAAGUGCGUACAAAGGCAGAGAUGGAGUUGAAGCUGUCAAAGUCGUUUUUGAUGAGCAUAUCACGGUGGUACAGUACCCUCAAAGGUGUGUAGUCCUCGGAAUCCAGAGGGUCGAGAUGCCAGUCCAUGACAAACGUCAUUACAUCCUGGUAAUCAAGGCUACGUCCAAACCGGGCAUCUAUGAGAGAGUUGGUGCUGGCUAUGUACCGGGUAUAUGUAUCAUUGGCCAGCCUAUAGAGGUACACAUUACAUGACAGGCCACAUCGGUCCCCGAGGCGAGUUACAGAGACUUACCAAUGACGAGAGCCAAUUCUUCGCAUAUGGCACCUCAAACAAUGGCAAGAGGUUGUCAAGGCACUAGACGAGUACGGUAGCAAUGUAUUGGCGUGGGUGCGGCCACUCUCGCGGGGUGUGACCGACGGAUUGUCUGCGCAGACACCUGCUGUGUUUGGGCAUGUGCUGUGCAAAUGCUGUUCUUUCUAUCUUCUCUCUUAUUUCGUUGAACAACAACUGGUGAGACUAGGGGUUUGCAGCGCGUCUCAAGCAAUCCAGACGAUCUAGCGCAAACACCAUUUGAAGUUUUGCUUACGAACUGGGGAGUAUGC